GUACUGAACAUCUGGGAUUGAUCACAAGAUCACAAGCUGGAAAGCAUUCAUCUUGGCUUCUAGAAAUAAACACAUCUAACUCAAUGCUUUCCACAACUUUAUUGUUUUAAUGAUAGAUUGAAGGAGCUUAAACAGCCAUUUUAAAUCUUUUAAUACUCACAGCUUUAGUAUUUUUAGCCAUUUUUUUCACAUCAUAGUAUCACGCAGCAAUUAUAUUGAUUUUAAUUCCGCGGUGGGGGGGCAGUUUUAGUGUGAUUUUUAUUCCCAUUAUUAAUUCCUUAUUUUUCCCCACAAGAUUUCAUAGGACUAUGAUAAUCCUGCAACUCAGAUUUUUAUUAGUUUCAUUUUUCACAAGUAUCGUGGGAGAGGCCCAAUAUGUAAUGCAAGAUGCAGUACUAAUGCAUUACAUCGACCGGCGUUUUCUAUCUUUUGAGAGCAGGCUGGAAAAAUGCAACCAAGAUAUCCUGGAUUAUGUACAAGAAUUCCGAGACUUUUCAAGGAGGAUGAUAUCGCGCCUGGAGGGGCUGAAAGUUUAUAAGGCUGAGAUUAAAAAUGAAGUGGAGCAUCUGCUAACAAGAGUUGAAAGAGCACAAAGGGACAUUGACUAUUUUGAAUCAACGAGAGAAUCUACUACCUGUGUAGAAGUAGAUGAAGACCUGGUGGAAAAGCAGCUAAAUGAAGACGCAGAAGAAAAAAGGAAAGUCAAGCUCAUGCUUAAUGCAAGCUGUGACAACAUGCUUGCGGGUAUCAAGUCCCUAAAGAUAGUUAAGAAGACUGGAGAUAUGCAUGGCUUUUGGAUGACAGAUCCAGGCAAAGACCAUCUGAAGAUUUAUUUCUUAAGUGGAUCCAAGAAUAAUGUUAUUUUGGAAUUUGCAAAUAUUCGGGCAUUCUCAGAAAUGAAUCGUAAGCUAACACCACGGAGAGUUAACUUGCCAUCUUCCUGGCAGGGAACUGGCCAUGUUAUAUAUAAUGGUUUCCUGUUUUAUCACAGAUAUGGCUCCUUAAAUGAGAUAGUUAAAUAUAACAUCCAGAGAAGAAAGGUAACGGAUAGAAUGCUCCUGCCAGGUGCUGGACAGAUUCCUGCCUAUGAACUGUUUCCUGAUACUAAAAUAGAUCUUGCUAUUGAUGAACAAGGGCUGUGGGCAAUCCAUGCAGAGCCAGACACGAGUGGAAACCUCGUCAUCACUAAAAUCAACCAUAUGACUAUGACUGUGGAGCAUACUUGGGACACAUCAUGCAACAGCAAGAAUGCUGAAGCAGCUUUUCUAAUGUGCGCCACCCUCUAUGUUGUGUACAACUCUCCUAGCGGAGGCACAUCUCGGAUAGAAUGUGUGUACGAUGUCUUAGGCACCAUAAAUGCUUAUGAAAUCCCCAUGUUACCUUUCCCCAAACGUCAGCGCAGCCAUUCCAUGAUACAUUAUAACCCCAAAGAAAAGCAGCUAUUUGCCUGGGCUAAUGGAUCCCAGAUCCUUUACAAACUUCAAACAAAGCAAAAAGUUUAAGAUCUUUCGGAACUUUUCAAAGAUGAAUAUUAAAACAAGCUUAAAGUCAAUGACCCAAGUUCUCUUCUCAGUUACCAUCACGGAAUUCCCCUUGCUUUUCCAUUUGCUCAUAGAUGCUUUAUAUUAUAUAUUGGGAGCUGAAACACCUCCUCUCCAUUACACUGAUUGCCCCCAAUUGGAUGAAUUUGGAAGGAAACUUCCACAAGUUCAAACUCACAGAGAUAAAUUUUCUUCUGCUGUAAAUUGAUAUGGUUCUAUUAAAAAGUUAGUGAAAUUGUGCCAGUUUACAUCAUCAGGGAAUUAGACCAACAGAGUUUUCACUCCCAUACAUGGUGUAAUCCCAUUCAAUGCAACACCAGGCUCUGUACAAAACACAUAUUUGAGCAAAAUCCUUAUAUUCACCUCAGUCAGUUUAGUAUAAGUAAUGAGUAAGGCCUGAAGGAUUUGCCCCGUACUAAAUACUCCCAAGGUCAUCCUGUUAAUUUUUUUUCAAGUGAAUGUAGGGCCUUGAUUCAGCAUAGCUCCUAAGCACAUUUUAACUUUAAGCACCUGCUUAGGCCCAUCAAUGCACUUAUGCACCUCUUAAGUCUCACUGACUUCAACUGAACUUUAAGCACAUGCUCAAAGUUAAGCAUGGGAUUAAGUGCACUGCCGAACUGAGGCCUUUGUAUUUGUGACAGGUACAGGUAGACAGCACUGAACAAAAAUAUCCAGGGUUGUAAAAGUAAAUAUUGAAAAACAACAAAGAGUUCUGAGAGAGAUACAAAUCCUAUGCUUCAGGAAAUAAAACAACCUCUACUACUGGGGCUUAGACGGAAAUUUUUAUCUGGAGGCACCAUUUGCCCAAUUCAAGGCUUCUUACACCUUCCUUAGAAGCAUCUGGUACUGACUGCUAUCAGAGAGGAGUUGCUGAAUGAGAUGGAUCAUUGAUCUGAUCCAAUGAGGCAGUUCCUAGAUUCAUUUCAAAUGUAUGUGUAUGUAUUUUCACAUCCAGAUUUAAUUGGUAAUGACCAAAUAUUGUUACCCAUUAUGAGUACAGACCCCAAAACUACUAUUAUUGCCCCACAUUGACAGUCAAAGCAGAGAGGUCAGGGACGGAAUAGUUUUUUCCCGGAAUAGGUUUCAGAGACUGAACUUCCCUUUCACCCAAUGGAAAGCUGGGGCAGUUGUCUCAAGUUUAGGGAUGAAGUACAUUAAUCACUGAGACUGAUGUGGGGAAACAUGCCCUGCCACUGUCCAUGCUGCAUCUGUUCUGUGAGUAAACAAGAUUUAUCCAUAUAAAUGUUCAAUUCUUUUUUAAUCCUGCUAAGCUCCUGGCCUCAAUGACUUCCUGUAGCAAUGAGUUCCAGAGUCUAAAUAUGCUUUAUGUGAAGAAAUAUUUCCUUUUAUCAGUUCUGAGUUUGCUGUCUUUCAGUUUUAUUGAAUGUGCCAUUACUCUUAUGUUAUCAGACAGAUUGAAUAAAAGUUCCCGAUCUA